GAGGAGGAGCGGGAGGAGGGGAGGGGGGGGACUCCGCAGACAUGGAGGCUAACCGUCUUUGCGCAGGGACGGUACCGUAGAACCGGAGGCUUGCCGUUGCGUUUUUCUUCCACCGACCCGCCUCCCGAAUGGACCCGGCACACAGCGGGGGGGACAUGUCGCCUCUGUACGUGCCGAGGAAGCGCAAAUCGUCCCAGUCCCAACCCAAAGUUGUGCAGCGAUUGGCGGAGAGAAGCUGCGGCUUGAACUCAGCGGGAUCUCCUCAGGAUGACGAGUCCGAAGCCCCCGACGCCCUGAAGACGAGGAUAACUUGUGGAAGGAAGAGGUAUGAGGACCUCCAGAGUGUUUCUAUGGUAACAGUAGACUACCCGACCACUAGCUGCUCAGUGAUGUCAUCGGGUGGCCUGGCCAAUGGGGCGGACCCCGGGUCCGUGGCUCCGCCCUCUGCAAGGCUGCCUCCGAGACUGGCGGGGAAGGACGCGUGGCCUCAGGGCCCCGAGGCCGGCAGGGCGGCGCCCCAACUUCAGCACCCCGGCUGGAACCCCAGCAGGGACCGGGGCCCCAACGCCUGGACCCCGGGGCGGGACCGACCACAGGAGCAGGUCUGGACCUCCGGCAGGGACCGAGCGCCGCACUCCGGGCAAGAACAGACCUGGAUCCCGGGCAGGGACCGGGGCCACGGCGGGCCCGACCAGGCCUGGAUGACGGGCCGGGACCGGGGACCCGAGCAGGGCUGGGCGGCCGACAGGGACCGGGGCCAGGACCAGGUCUGGAACGCGGGCAGGGACCCGGGGAGGGAGGGGCCCUCCCGGGGGCCAGAGCAGGCGUGGGGGAGCGGCCGGAGCCAAGACCAAGGGUGGGGCGGCGCCGGCAGAGACAGGGGGCCCGUCUGGAGACCCGACUUGAACAUGAAGAAAGUCCAAAGAGUGGAGACGGAGCGAGACCCCCCCGUGGGCGUCUUCCCCCGGCCCCCAGACGGCGGAGACUCAAAUUGGGAUGGUGCCGGUGAGGCCUCGACGCCGCCCCCCAGCGAGGACCAGAAACCCCCCGUCAUCUCCACCAAGAAGGAGCCCCCCGCGUACCCGCCGGGAAGUCAAGAGGAGCAAUGGCAUCUGCAGAUCGUGGCCAAAGGCCGAGUCACCUGCCCGAAAUGUAAGAGCGUGAGCAGGAAGACCGUGGAGGGGCUGAAGAAGCACAUGGAGAACUGCCGACUGCUGCCCUUCACCUGUCAGCACUGUGGGAAGCAGCUGAAGUCCUCCACGGGGAUGAAGUACCACGUCAUGGCGGACCACAGCCAUCUGCCCUCUGCAGAAGACGCCAAGGACCUGGACGACCGCGCCAUCAAAGACAAACUGCGUAAAAUCCUGAAGAGACUCGGCAAAUUAAAAUGCUCCAAAGAGGGCUGUAACGCCGCCUUCACCAGCAUCAUGGGCUACGUGUACCACACGAAGAAGUGCGGGAAGGAGGAGUCCGAGCUGGAGAAGAUGCUGCUCAACUGCUCGCACUGCGGGAAGGCCUACAGGUCCAAAGCCGGGCUGGAAUACCACCUGAAAUCCGAGCACGCGCCCACGCCCCAGAAGAGCGAGGAAGACGAGGCCCGCAGGGAGGCGGACCCCGAGAGGACGGCCAGCGGGCGGGUGCAGCGGGCCUCCGCCCAGGUGGCCAACUUCCACCUGGCCGAGAUCGCCAACAACGACCUGCCCAAGGACUGGCCCAAGAGGAAGUUCCAGUCGGACCUGGUGCCCGACGACAAGAAGCUGAAAUACGCCCGGCCGGGCCUGCCGGCCUUCAGCCAGGAGGUGCUGAGGAAGUGGAAGAACGAGGUGAAGCUGCAGAGGAAGGUCCACUGCCCCAACCAGGGUUGUUGCUCCACCUACACCAGCGUGUCUGGACUGAAGGCUCAUCUGGGACUCUGCUCCAGGGGCGACUUCGAGGCUGGAAAAUACCGAUGUCUGAUCUGCAAUAAAGAGUUUAACUCCGAAAGUGGCGUGAAAUACCACAUCAACUCCGUCCACUCACAGGACUGGUUUGUGACCAACAAAAAAGCCUCCAAGAAGUUUGAGAAGUUCCUCAAAAACCAGCCCAAGGUGGUCCAUAACGUGGACAAACAGAUGGUGGAUCACUACCACCAUCAGCACCAGCACCACCUACAGCAGCACCAUCACCACCACCAGCACCACCACCAGCAGCAGCUGCAGCUGGAGCACCCGCCCAUGCAUCACCUCCAGCUCCUCCACCCGGAGCACCAGGGCCUCGACCCCCAGCUGCACCAGCGGGUGCUCCACUUCACCCCCGUGGAGCAUCCGCCCGGGCCCAUGUGGGUGGACAUGGAGCCGGGGGGGCCGGGACCGGAGCAGGCCCCCAUCGAGAUGGACACGGCGGAGCUCGAAGAACUCGAAGAGGAAGGCGGCGUGAUGGCGGACGGGAGGAGGGGCGAGAGGGGGGAGAGGGGGAACGCCGAUGGGAGGCGGAGGGAUUGCUUUGCCUUCGGUGCAGGUGGAGGCGUUUGCGGCGGCCCACCGGCGGAGCAGCGGCGGGACAGGCAGAGACCGAUCGACCAGUGGAGCUCGAGACGCCCGGGCGCCGCGGAGGCCCCGCCCCCCCGGGGGUGGGGAGGCUCAAGGGACUUGAAAGGAAAAAAUUGAGCCGGUUUUUAAACCGAGGGAAGAAAAAAAAGACAGAGCUGCUAUUUACGUCUUCGAACCUCUUCAGAAGACGCCGAUGGAAACCUCGAGGGGACGUCUCACACACACACACACGCUCGGGUCCAGAGGCGUUUCAGUGGACGUAGUGUAGCGUUUUAUCUUCUUAACGUGUCCUAUUCUUUAGAGAAAUGUCCGUGAACAUUCCCUGUCUUUCAUGUUUAAAGUUCAUUUCUCUGUCGUACUUUUUUACACUUGUGUUUCUGUGAACAUAUUUUGUGCCGCUGAGGACGAUCUGUACACCUUCGCCCUGCGUGCUCAUCCUCCCCCCUGCCAACCACCGACUUCAGUCUCAUCUCAUCCGGUUACAUUUUGAGAUUUUAACUAAAUGCAUUUUUUUUUGACAGUGAAUACAACGUAGCUUCAUGUCUAUCGCGGUAAAUUAACGGUUAAAGCUUUGUUGAGUCGAUUCGUCCGCCCAGCGAGCGGUAAACCGAUGGACUCCAUUCAUUCAGCACUUUUCUAUUCUAUAGUUAUAAAUAUAGAAGUUGCAGGAUGUAGCUCCUCCUAAAACAUAGACCUCUAAUCAAAGAGCCGUAGAGGGUUUUAGUCCGUGUUGUGAUGGAGGAAAGGUUUAUUUAUGGCGGGCUGACAGCAUGAAGCCUGAUGUUGAUGUGCUCUGUAUCUACUCAAGUGAAGUAUGGUCGUGGUCCUCAGUCAUUUAUUUGUGACCUUUUAACACUAUUGGUUGAUGUCUUAUUUGCGUUUUUUAUGAAUGUAUUGUUUUUCAUUCUGUGGUGCACUUAAAAAAAAAUGUAUUCAUCAUCAACACUUUAAUCUGUUUACCUUUAACUAUAUGAAAGGAUUUUACCUCCAUGUCCCUCAUCAGACACCUUAUGGAAGAGUUUAAAGUAGAAAACGUGGGAAGUAUUUGUACAAGAAGUUACUGUGAGGAACUUUGAACUGGUUCUGAACCAGUCCCAGUUUAGUCCUGAUCCUCUAUAGACCUCCAUCAGAGGACCCUCCAGAUCCUCCAGAGACCACUUAACUAUACAUGAAAGUAUUCAAGUGGGUAUGUCUUUUUUCAGAAUACAACAUUUACAGGUUUUAUGAGUUUAUUUCUAACAAUCAGGAGAAGAAAUUAACUGUGAUUUAGAGCCCACGUGGGGAGAUUUCCCCUUUUUGUCCCCUUCUGUUUGCCACAGAACCAAAACGCCAACGUUAUUAAAUCCAGGAAGUGAACACAAUCUAGAGUUUAAAUAAACGAAUAAAGCACUUAA